AUGGCUAACGACAUGAAGGUCGAUAUUCGCAGUUCUGAUAUGAGCCCCGAGUUAGAGGAGUCUGCCGCUAAGAUUGUUCUUUUGGCCGCCUCGAAGUUCGAAGUUGAAAAAGACAUGGCUGCCUUCGUGAAGAAGGAAUUCGACACCCUCCAUGGCGAGACCUGGCAUUGCAUCGUGGGAAAGGACUUUGGCAGUUACGUGACACACGUGAAAGACGGUUUUAUCUACGCCUAUGUGGGUGACCUGGCAUUCGAGUUGUAUAAAACUGUGUAA